UGUUGUUCCGAGUUGGGUUGAGGUUCACGUACAUUUUCCUAGGCGGUUACAAAUUAUUGCGAUUAUUCGGACGCUACCUGAAUGCAGCAAACCUAGCAUCCAGGAAGUGACACUAAACUAGAGCCGUAGAAUACUGUCGGUAGGUAAAUGUUUCGGUUUUGGCACGGGACUAAAAUAACUCGAGUGAAACUAUCGGUUUUAACCUGUAGAAACAUGUCGGGAAUGUCCACCCAGUGUGGCGCGGCGGACGUUAAAAACAACAACAGGUCGAUUCACUCGGACAGCCUCGACGAGGUCCAUAACGUCCCGAUGGAAGUCAUCAUCAGACCGAUUCCUCCGGUGCUGGAUGAGCUGAAAGUUCAGGGUCUGAUGAAAACAAUAAAGGAGACAGCAGACAUCAGUGUUGUUCCUCCCAUCGAUGUGCUGUGGAUCAAAGGCAGAGAGGGGGGGAAUUACUACUACUCUUUUGGAGGCUGUCACAGGUUCGCUGCGUAUCAGAGGUUGAACAUGUCGACCAUCCCAGCCAAGCUCAUCAAAUCAAACGUCUCAGACCUCAGCACUUACUUGGGAGCUUCGACGCCUGAUCUGCGGUGAUGCUGGAGCAGCACUUUUCAGAGACUUGGCCCAGGUGGCUCACACACACAUACACAGCUUUUCUCUCUUCUGGUGCAGCUGGGGACUGAAGAGAAUUCAAGGAAAAAUACUGGCCCAAAGGCCAGAGGAAGAUCUUAAGCUAACUUUCUGUGUGUCCUGAGUCUAAUACACAGAUUCCUGAACUUAUAUGGUAAUCAGAGCUUGAGCUAACUAAGUGUGUGUUCCCAAGUCUAUACAUAGACAGGGGAUACGACUACAAUAAUGGGAAUAACACUAGAAUAUAGAAAUAUUUCUACAGGACUGCACAGCAAAGGAUUUACCAGCAGGGGGAAAUGUAACUCUUUAGUUAAACACAUGACAUUUGUCAUGUGAAACCACAGACAUGUAAUUUAAAGGGUUCUUAUGUGUGUGUAUAGUAGUGUUUUUGUAAAUUAAACAUUAUUAUCAAGUCUGUCAUUUAAUACUUAUUAAUCUUCAAACACCAGUUGUUCUUGCACAUAAAAAGUAAUUUAAAUGAUA